CCUUAGGUUGAAGGUAAUCGGAAACCUCUCCAACAAAUUGACGACUAUCUUCGAAAAUUGUGAACGAAACGCAGCGUUUUUUACCUGAAUAGUUUCCUGAUGAAUUCAAGAUGACAAGAGUUUUCGACAAUAACGACAUUCGUGGAACUUGGUUCCCUUCAGGUUUUCAUGGACAUUUUCGAAGCAAAUCGCGCUCAGAGUUUACCAUUCCUUAUCGUCACAGAGCUAAGCCAUGUCCUCCGGAGAAAUUUAUGAAUUAUGCGAAGGAAAGAUCUAAUAGACACCUGUUCUCGAGACAUGACAACAGACAUGCACACAGUGAUAUGGGAGAUCUUGAAACUUAUUUUGGAAUGGGAAUGGGAAAAAGGAAGUAUGUCCAGCCAGGUCAAACCCAACACACAAGGAGCACUCGAGACUUGCUAACAUGGCGAGGAAAUGAACCAGGCGACCUGAAUUCAACUUACCGUUCACAAUAUUCAACUUCUCGUCCAUCUUCGUGCAGUUUUAACGAAUCCGAGCCAAUCCACGUGAGGUCAAAUCUUGAGCUUAGACGGAGACAUGUUCGGGCAUCUUCAGCACCUCCGUCGCAGCGCCGGACAGCUCCGUUACUCGCCUGGAAUGAACCGGACGAAUCACAUCAUGGAAAACCUGGUGUUGGUAUUCGGCAGACCAUACGAAAUCAAGGCGGGUUUGCUUCCGGGACGCCCUUCGCACACACGGCGCCUGCCGCCCCAGUGCACUCGCCGAAUCCCGGCCAAAGUUUUACAGUAUCAGAAACUAUCAUUCCUCUAAAUACCACGUGAAUCUUAAAAGUUCUACGUCAUUAUAUUUUGUAUCGUUUGAUGCCACGUGUAAAAUUACCUUCACUACAAAGGAAACCACAAAUUAUUAGCAUAAUAAGGUGACAAAACACUUCUAUGGAAGGAAGAAAUGAAAUGGGAGAAAAAAUGGGAAAGGAUGACAAAGAUUUAAACGGAUUAAAAUGUCAGACUAGAAAAAAAUUGACGCUUAAUUUUUCGAAAUUGUUGCAACAGGCCAGGAAAAAGUCAGGGCAAAAUGCAAUUCUUCAAGGUCAAGGAAAAGACAGGUAAUUUCAUUUUGAGUCAAGGAAAAAUUUACGUAUUUGAAAGAAGUCGUGGAAAAGUGAAACUUCAUGUACGCUGUAUGUGACUUACUGAAAGCAUAAAUCUAUGGGUAGAAAGUCUGACUAAGGGGGGAAGGGUGGAGGUCAUUAUCAGGACUCGUUUGUGAAAUUGUACAUUCAGUUGAUCAAGGACAUUUUACGUAUGUCAGAAAAAAAGUCAGGGAAUUUCAAAAACUCAUGAUUGUGAUAACCAUGUUUGAGAUACAUCAGAUAAAAAUCAGGUGAGAAAACGUGACAUCGACACCAUCAGAAUGUGAUGUAAAACCAACGUAAGUUUUUUUUCUUCAACCAAUUCGAGGAAAUGCUGCAAAAAGCCGAAAAGAGGAAGCCAACAUUUACAGCUUACCAUCAAUAGUUUUUCUCUUUGACCAUUCAGUCUAUGCCAAAUGAUUUGUGAGGCGAGAGUUAAGAGAAUUUAGUGACGUCAUUUUGUCAUGAGCGUGAAUUGCCGAAGAAUUGGGAAAAGCAAAAAAAUUCAAGAUACACUCACUAGAAGCAAAAAUUGGAAAAUCGCGUUUUUUGAAACCUCUCAAUAAGUGUUGAUAAGUCGAAUUUCAUCUCACGAUAUUUAACAAAACUCAACAGAGUGCAUAAAAAACAAGGUGAAAAUUUUAGUGUUAAAUAUGAGGCCACCGUUUUCAGUAUGCAAUAAAGGAAAAAAGAGCGGAACAGCAUAUGUACGUCGCAUUACAUAUAUGGUAAUAAAG